GGCGAAAGACAUCGAUUUCAGAAGAGUUUGGUAGCUACUCUGACCCGGGUGCUGAGCCUCAUAACUCAUACAAGACGCAAAGUCCUGUGAAGUGUCGAAACCUGCCAUGAACUCGGCCAUGGCCUUGUUCGUGGCUUCAAUGAGCUGACCACGCUUCUCCUCGAACUUGUCCUCCGGUAGCUUCAAGAUCUCGUACAUCUUCCCUUCGUGUUUCUCCCAAUUCUUGACUUCCUCACAGAAGGCGGCCGCUACCUUGAGUCCAACACCGUGGGUCAUAGUCGGAAAUCCUUGUAUUGUCGACAGGCAUUUGGCUAUUUCUUCAUUUUUGCCGAACUUGAGCGUCUGGAGAACCUGGGCAUCAUACUGCAAUUUGUAGGUGGUCCACUUCCAAACGGCUUGGGACACCCCGAAUUGAUCACCUGACAGAUCGACGACCCACUUUUGACCUGAGGUCAGGGAAGUGAUCAACAGUAGAGAAUGAUUGUACAUCUUGUUGGACAUGGACUCGCCCUUGGGACCGUUCACGAGUAUGGUGAAAGAUGUUGGUGAAUGCGGGCAUAAUACGCUCAACAUACCUCUGAACAUCUGCGCGAUAAUCGGCUUCAUGAAUGCCAACGGAUCGUUACAGAUCCACGCCGUGAGCACGCUGUUUUUGGUGCUGGAAUCUACGAGGUCAUUCGGAAAAGGGACGAACCAAGCGGUCUUGUCCUCGGUUGCAGUGCCGUGAAUGAUAAUAUCCCCGCGGUCGUUGCGCUUCACUUGCUUGAUCUCGUUGUCGAACGUGAGCUCUCGGAAGGUUAGAAAUAAAUCCUUGAGCAAGACGCCGCCUCGCUCGACAACCUCUUCGAUCUGCAAAUCCUUGCAGGUAUCGCGAUGAGCAGACCAGUUCUUUUUUUGACACGCUUUUCCGCAAUAGACGUGAAUCUUGCAGCCGGUACACUUUCUGGAAGCGGGCUUGCCGCACGUUGAGCACUCGGUGUGCACCAACAUCAUGCCGGCCUGGAGGUGUUGAACGGGUGGUGUAGACUCUGUAGAGGGACUCUGAGGGAGAGGUGGACGUGAUCUGAGGAAGAGGGCCCUGCGCUGUUGUUUGUGUUUGACUGGUAUGUGUAACUGCCAAGAAACUAAGACUAGCAAGCUAGCUAUAGAAUCGAGGUGAAGUCCAUAGAAGUGAGGAGGCAGAAGGCAAGAGCGCUUUCUCUCACU